CGGUGUCGCAACGCUGACCUCAACUGCUUCCUUUUAUUCACGGUUUUACCAGAUUACGGAAGAACAUCAGUCGUCGCGUGCAGGAACGAGUGACCGACGCCACUUUCGGCUUCCUCAUUCAUUCUUCGGCGUUGCAACGUCCCCAUUUCUUCUCUACUGCCGCCAAUGGCAGUGAACCUUGACGCAUUGGAUUAUCUGUCCAAGAGGUUUUCAUCUUACAGCCUAACAGAGAUCUCCCAGCUGCUGAUUCAGAAUGGUAACGACACGCUUAUGGUAGAAGCCAUUCUCGGCGAUGAUCUCUAUUCAGGCAGUGGAGAGCCUAUAGGAUCGCCCAGACGCAACCCACCACAAACUGUUGGACAUCCCAAUGUGACUGUGUCGUCCCCAGGGUUCACUCUAAGUCCGACAAACAAGGAGGGUGUUGCAGGUGAGGGGUUUAACCCCACUUCUUAUGGGAGGAUGCAGUCAGCUCCUGAUCCUAGAGUUUACAGUCCUUAUGACAGACAUCCUCAACAGCCACCGCAUCAUCAUCAGCCUGUGUCUCGGACUCGUUCUUUACAACAGAGAGAGUAUCCCCGCGUAGGAGACAGUCCCUCAUCACACGUGGUGGGACCUGUCUCGGAGUAUUCUAGUGAUCCUGCGGUGACCAGAUAUUACGAACAACAGGGUUACAUUCCGUCUCGUCCGUCGGACCCGUAUAACCGAUGGAGUCCAUACCAGCCGGGCUAUUUGCCUUCACAGACUCCGGAUAAGCCGCGGCUUGAGCUUCGUGUUCCAAGCAGUGGGUCAGGCUACAGUGACUGGAGUGCGGGGUCUGGAUCAGAGCAGUUGCCUCCGGGAUCGCAACGAAUGCCAUCGUAUUAUGAUCCACGCGAGUACCAAUCGGGCACGCCCAGUGACUACCAUCCGACUGGAUAUCGGCCUCAUACUCCGGGAGACUAUCUCCCACUCCCCGGACAAGACACAAGAAUGUAUCCGAGCGAGAGUCACGGCGGUUGGUCACAGACCAGCGCGUCGGGUCAUUUCCCUGUGACUAGUCCUGAUCUAAACUACAGCAGAGGGAGACCGUUCGAGGUCCAGCCCGUGUACAGUAUAGGAAAUCAGCAACAAUACGGAGCGAUAUCACCUCACGGUCAACUCCCACAGAGACCAAACCAACCGCUACAUUUGUCACAUCAAACAUCUCAUAGUAGUAACAGCAGUAGUCCCGGAGUAGUUCCUGUAACAGGUCACACACCUCCAACUCAAGUCCCACACCUACAGCAAGUCAUGUCCCCACAUGCCAACACUCCAACACAACACUCGACUCCAAACGAAGCGUACCUUCAAGCUUUGUUGCUCCAUCAAGGUGCCCAACUGGAGACAGUGAGACGGCUGUUGGAAUCGGCUCGCGGUCAUGCUGAUCAUUUACGGCGGGACAACUCGGCUCUCGAGCACCACCACAGUCAACAGGUGUCCGCAUACUCAGGAAUACCAUUGGAAGAUGAUCUAGAGAUCAUACGAGGUGAAAUACAAAGUUUAGAGACGAGCGUCGACGACCUUCAACGUACGUUACGGUCUCCACAACCGGUAGCAGGUGCGAUGCCACAAGAUCAACAAGAUCAAGAAGGGCCACAUUGGUCGUGUGAACAUUGUUCAUUUUUGAACCAUCCAGCUCUCACUCGAUGCGAGGUGUGUGAAAUACCGAAGAGGCGACCGUCGAGCGAGAGACAAAUGGCAUUCAAUUUGUAGCACGUUGUGCGUGGAGAUGAACUUUUCUGCAAAAUACGAUUGAUUGACGAUGUUGAUACGUUUUGACAUGUCGGUUUGCUGAUUGUGUAGGUACAGGGUUCGUAGUUUAUUGUAUAUUGCUACCUGUGGUAAUAAUAAUAAGGAAAAAAUGAAA